GUUGUGGGUGGCAGUAGCAUUAGCUAUGGCUAGCUACCAGCCCCAUUGUUCUCGGCGUUAUACAAAUGUAUCAUAAGAAGCAGUCGCUGCCAUUUCCCAGUCUAAACAGAGUAGGCAGUUUGUAAAAGGUUUGGAAACCUCUUCACUACUGAUGGCUAUAUAUUAGGAAUCUGUGCUUGACUUGCGUACCGUUUCUACUGCCCUCCUCCUACUAUUUGUUUCUGGUGUACAACUGUCCAUCUCAGAUCAUACCUGAUAAUAAAGCACGCUGUGGUAGCACACGAAACUCAGACGGAAGAGACAACAGAAGGCCAUCAUGGAGGUUGUCGCAGGAUCCUGCCUUAAUAUCCAACUUCUGAAGCUCCUGCUUGGGUUGUUUCUCCACUAGUACAUCCCAUCCCAUAUACUGCAGAUCAGUUCUGCUGAGCCUGGGUCCUGUGCCUGCCAACUCAGUUCUGCAAAUCAGUGGUAUCUGUUUUAAUCUGCUGCUACUUGGAAGUUUUGGAUGUGUCCUGGAAAAUUUCCCUGCAACUUUGUAUGCCUGUCCAAGCCUGCUGGCAGAACCUAGGGUGGAUGAGUAACUCUCAGCAAUGGGAGGACAUUUCCAAAGAAGGGUCAGACAUGCGUGGUACACUACACAGGGAUGUUACAGAAUGGAAAGAAGUUUGAUUCCUCCAGAGAUCGAAACAAACCUUUCCGGUUCAAGAUUGGCAGACAAGAAGUCAUUAAAGGAUUUGAGGAAGGAGUUGCACAGAUGAGCCUGGGACAAAGAGCAAAGCUAACUUGUACACCUGAGAUGGCCUAUGGAACCACAGGCCAUCCUGGAGUUAUCCCUCCCAAUGCUACCCUCAUCUUCGAUGUGGAGCUGCUCAGGUUAGAGUGACUCCUUGCAGGAGGAGCUGGCUGAAGACAUCUGUUGAUAAUCAUCCAUCCUGUUACUUUUCCCAAUGGUAGGUGGAGUCUUCGCUGGAGUCUCAGCCUUCCCUGCUCAAGCUACCAUGGCAAUAGCUCCUGCCCAUAGUCUCUUUAUCCCUUCAUUUCUUUUUUGGUUUUUUAUCGCUGUUGUGUCGGUAUUUGUCUUUUAUUAGAAGCUUCUUUGCUUUGAGAAAAUCGUCUACGGUUGUAACGUUUUCAGGUUGUACAUUUUAUUUAAUUUGCAUGUGAUUAAAAAUGCAUAGUGACAAUUGGAAAAAAUAUAUAUAUAUAUAUUCCUUAUCAAAAAAACCACUGCCUUACUGUACACUUCAACCAAGAAUACAAAAGGUGCUCAAAAAAACCUAAUGUACAUCUUGUACAUGAAUGGGCAUUAGCCAGACGAGUUACCUGCGCUGCCACUUUUCUCAGCUUGUACGUUCUGCUUGCUGCUGUUUUAAACAAAUGUUUCAUUUGAGAAUAUAAAAAAAAAACUCUAUAAAAAUAAAAUCUUGAUACUU